UGCGCGCGCAUCUGUUCCAAAAGUUAAAAAGUUUAAACGUCAAAAUUGCGCGCCAAUUUCGGUAGCGGGAACACGAUUAUUUUUUAAUUUUAAUAUUUUUUUUUUAUGAUUAGAAAAAUGUGACAUUGUUUAAGAUUUAAUUAUUAUUAUUUAAGUGCGUGUUAAUAUGGUUGUGUAUUGGAGGAAAGUGUUUCUGGUGGCGGCCCUAAGUUCGAUUCUGGAUGUUAAAAGCGAGAAGUUCGGAAAUAAUGAACACACCAAACAGCUGCUAAAUCAUCUGACAGAAUCAGAAAAAGUGUUCCUUUUCGGCCCAAACCACAAUGAAGCACAAUUCGAAAUAGCACACUUAAAGCAGACGAGGCGUCGCAAACGCUCACUGUUCCAUGAAGAUCAAGAACUGCUAUCACUGAAGAAACAUCUAGAUCUGAAGCUAAAUUCUAGGAACAGUUUCCUAGAUCCCCAGUUCCUACUAAUGAGAAGAUGGUCCAAUGACGCAGAAGCGGUGUUAGAUCAACAUUCUGAUGAAGAAUUGGAUUUGUGUUACUUUAAGAGUGAAAAUGCUGCAUUGUAUGCGUGUGAUGAUGUGAGAGGUUUAGUCAAAAGUAAUGAUAGUUACUAUUUUAUUCACCCGUUACCAGAAAGAUUUCACCAAAACGACGCUAAAGCUCAUGUAAUAGUUAGAAGACCAAUAAAUGACUUAAAUAAUCAAGAUAAAGAAGAAACAUGUGUAGAAAGAGAUAUUGAUGCAUCUCUGACACCAGAACCAGUUAAAACAUGGACAAAACAUAGAAGAAAAAGAAAUGUUGAAACUGUUUUGGAAAACAAAGAUAGCUUAGAAGGAUUCAAAUUGAAUCUAGCUCAUAGAAACAAGACUAUAGGUACAUUCGUCAAGAAAUUAGUAACGGAUACCCAAAGACAGAAAAGGGCAAUAUUACCAGCUAUUUUUGUAGAAACAGCCGUGUUUGUAGACAGAGAUUUGUACAAACACAUGACCAUAAAUUUCCCAAAAGAUACUGAAAGGGAAUUAGUCAGAUUUAUACUAGCUAUGAUUAAUGCUGUACAGCUGUUAUACCAUGACCAUUCUUUGGGCAGGCCAGUCAAUUUUAUUUUAAAAAGACUAGAAAUUUUGCAUGAGGAUCCAGCAAAUUUGAAGAGGCCUCAUGACAUCGAUAGAUUUUUAAGUAACUUUUGUACAUGGCAAAGACUGGAAAACCCCCCGGGCGACAAUGAUCCUCUACAUUGGGAUCAUGCUUUGAUUUUAACUGGUUUAGAUUUGUAUGUAGUCAAUAAAAAUGGAAAAGUCAGCAGUCAAGUUGUUGGACUAGCGCCAGUGGCUGGAAUGUGUACAGUCACGAGCAGUUGUACAGUAAACGAAGGAAGGCAUUUUGAGAGCGUCUACGUAGUUGCCCAUGAAAUUGGACAUAACCUAGGAAUGCGCCAUGAUGGCCCACUGGCAGACAACGGCUGCGACCCAAGCGCUUACAUUAUGAGCCCUACUUUAGGAAGCGGGAAGAUCACCUGGUCGCAAUGCAGCAAGAAUUAUCUACAGAAGUUUCUGGAUACGGUGCAAUCCCGCUGUCUUCUCGACCAUGGGAACUCAGCGGGGCAGUUGGACCACAGCGCUGAAGGAAUUCUGCCCGGGGAGAGAUUCGAUGCCGAUCAACAAUGUAUGCUCAAAUAUGGCCGCGGGAGCCGCCACUCAACAGCCCAAAAUCUAGAGGAUAUUUGCAGGGACUUGCAUUGCCAAAGGGAGAGAUAUACUUGGACGUCACAUCCAGCAUUGGAGGGAACCAGAUGUGGUGAAGACUUGUACUGCCGCGGAGGGUCAUGCGUAGAACGGGAAGGGUCUUCGAUUCCCCGGGGGGCGUGGGGGCGCUGGUCCGGGUGGUCGGAGUGCGCUUCCGCCUGCCUGCUCGACGACACGCACUCGUCAGCGGCCACCGGCGUCGCCGUGGCCAGCAGGAAGUGUCACAGGCCCAGACACGAGACCAGCAGCAACUAUUGCGCUGGACAUGACAAAAAAUACCAAACAUGCAACGCUCAUCAGUGUAACAAUGUACCCCGUAUGACAGUAAGAGAAUUUGCUGAUCAAAUCUGCUAUAGAGCUCGCGAUGUGGACCCAGAUCUCAUCGGCACUGGGUUGCAAAGAAUUGAUUCUGAUGACGUAAGCAGCGCGUGCGCAGUGUGGUGCGACACCCGGGGGGGGGGCUACAAGUCCCGGGGCUGGACCCUGCCUGAUGGAACCGCUUGCUCCAAGCUGUCUCCCAUGUUCUGCAUCUCUGGGGUUUGUCAGAAAUUCUCCUGUUCGUCCGGCACAGACACAGAGUUCUCUUUGAAGCCCGGCGACUGCGAGUGGGAAGCCCUACAGUUGCAGGCGGCCGCCACUCACACCACAUCUACAAAAUCGUCUGGUACCUGGCGGCGGGCCGUGGGCUCCCAGUGGAGGCCCAGCAGCGGCUGCCACUACCACUGCGUCAGCCCCGGCGCCGGCCUCCGCCUCGUGACCAGCAGGCACACGCACACCAUACAGCUGUGCACCCCAGACUCCACCCGGAAAGAGCUGGGUUGCACACAACGAAAGUCACCUUAUCAGUACGCCACCAUGGUGUGCACGAAGUACAAAGAAAGAGUCAGAAGACUGUCUGGAUUGGGCAUGCAAAUAUCGCCGGCUUUAGAGGACCCAGAUCGCCCUUGCCGUAUAGCUUGCCAGGACGAGAGAGUUUCUCAUAGAUUUUAUUUAGUAAAUGGACACGAAGGUUGGUUCCCGCUCGGCACCGCGUGUGGGAAGAAGAAUACUUCCUACUGCGUUAGUGGGAAAUGCUUGGAAUUCGGUCCAGAUAACACCCCCCUAUCAGAAAUGGUGUUCACCCUUCCACUACUAAAUCGUAACGCGACAGAAAUACGAAGAACCUCGCGCCACAAACGGAGUUUGCUGAGAGACCGGAUCUCAGUCAAGGCAACACUGGACCAGAUACAUUUGGAAGAUCUCAUAUCGAAACUAAAUCUUACUCACAACCACAAUGAGCACGUGACAUACUACGACCCAAUUCCUGAUAACAUUGAACUGGACUUCAGUAAUCCCAUACACGUCGCGCCAGAAGACACGCUCAUCAAGAAGAAACCUAGACCUACUUGGGAUUAGAUAAGUUUAGAUUAAUACAUAUUAUCACGUCUAUAUCCCUUACAGAGCAGCCAACAGUCUUGAAAAGACUGAACACGUUCAGCUGCAUGGCUUAGUGAUGGAAUUGUGAUUCAAAUAGUGACAGGUUGCUAGCCAAUCGCCGAUAAGAAGAAUCCCAAGUUUAUAAGCCUUUCCCUUAGUCGCCUUUUAAAACAUCCAUAGAAAAAAUAUAGAUUGGUCCCAUUCAAAAGUUCCGGGAUCCACACGGACUCCUUCUUAGUGUUAAAUAUUGAAGGAAAUUAAAAAAAUAUUCAAAUUAAGAUACACUUCCUUCAUAAUAGCCAUUUA